GGUCAUCAAGCUAGCUUAGCUAGCUAGCUGCUCUUUGACAUGACCAGUGGGUUGCUAGGCAACAGACUAACAAACGGGACAGCAUGGCGGAGAUGAAGCAAACUACAGAGGCUGUGGUGUUAGAUGUCCACAAGAAGAUUAAAGCAGCUUUUGAAGUGUUUGACCAGGAGUCUAAUAACACAGUGGAUGUCAGGGAGCUGAGCACCAUCAUGUAUUCCCUGGGUUGCUUCCCCACCCAGGCAGACCUACAUGACCUAAUAGCUGAGGUUGAAGAGGACCAUGCAGGAUAUAUCCAUUUGGACAAGUUCCUUCCAGUCAUGUCCAAAGUGCUGCUGGAGCACAAGUUCCCUCCCAUCCCUGAGGACAUUCUGCUUCAGGCCUUUGAGGUUCUGGACAAAGGAAAGAAAGGAUACCUGGAGCCUGAGGAGCUGACAAAGUACAUGACACAGGAAGGUGACCCCUUCACUCAGGAGGAGAUGGAGGAAAUGCUGACAGCAUUUGCUGACAAAGAGAAGAACCUCAUCUAUUACGAAGACAUAAUUAGCCAGCUGACCAUCGACCCUGAAAUGUAGUCAGUGUCAUAGUGUUCGUUGUUGAGAAAUAUUCGAAGCACACAAGUCUGUGUUUGUUUGUGUUUGUGUCUGCAUGUGUUAUUGUGGGCCUGUAGGUCUGAUAUGGUAUAAUAAAUUAAUGUACAUUUCUCAAUC